GACCUGGGAGAGCCACGUGGUUCGUGGUUCUGGACCGUUGGCAGAGGACUUCGACUGGGGUCUCACGGGUGAGUUUAUGUGGGUCCGUGAGGCGAGGUGGGAAAGUCACCAGUCAGCAGCGCAGUGGCGGGAACCGCAGCCCGGCGGCCCUGGAACCUCCCAGGUUCAUGUUUUUGACGCCUUGAUGUGAAAUGUCAAGAAGAGUUCUCGUGUUUGUUUCUGAGACAGAAACUCAGAGAAGAGCAACAGGAAAAAAAAUGGAUGCUUCUGUAAAUGCUCCCCAGGGUCUAUUGGCAUUCUGGGAUGUGGCUGUGGACUUCUCCCAUGAGGAGUGGGAAUGUCUGGACCCUGCUCAGAGGGCUUUGUACGUGGAAGUGAUGUUGGAGAAUUACAGCAAUUUAGUCUAUAUAGAGAACCAUCGCAAGUGUAAGUACGGGAAGGUCCUGGAUCGAGGCUCAAAGCAUAUUGUGCAUCAUCAUGUGACUAUCCAAGAGAAGUCUUACAACUGUAAUGAGCUUGGCAAAAGUCUUCACAAAUUCUCCCAGUGUACACCUCAUGACACAAGUGAUUCUGCAGAAAACUACAAAAACAACACAUAUAGUAACUACAGGGAUGCCUCUAUUGAAUCAUCACACCAAAACAAUCAUAAGGACAUGAACGCUGAAGAAAAACCCUGCAAACUUGACUGUGGCAAUUCUUUAAAUUUGUGUUCCACUGUUAGUCAAAAUGAAAGAAUCCAUCCUGGAAAGAGAGAACACAAAAAUUCAGAGGAUGAUAAAUCUUUUGACUCUAAAUGUAAACCGAUGCUACAGCAGAUCUAUAAUGAAAAGAAAUCACACCAAUGCAGGAGAUGUAAGAAAUGCUUCAGGACUUACUCAGGCCUCAGUAAACAUCAGAUGAGAUAUACUGGAGAGAAAACUUACAAAUGUACAGAAUGUGGUAAAUGCUUUUGUAAUUCAACAGCUUUCAAAAGGCAUCAUUAUAGAAUCCACUCUGCAGAGAAACCUUACCAAUGUGACAAAUGUGGGAAAACCUUCUUUUGCUACGCAUACCUUAGAAAUCAUCAGAAAAUUCUAGGAGAGAGGCCUUAUGAAUGUAAGCAAUGUUGUCGUUCCUUCUGUACUUUGUCACGCCUUGAAAACCAUUACAGAACCCAUAGUGGAGAGAAAACUUACAAAUGUAGUGAGUGGCAAAUCUCUUUACACCUCCAAAAGUCUUAAAAAACACCAGAGCAUUCUUGCUGAAGAGAAAGCUUAUGAACGUAAGGAAUGCAAAAAAGUGCUUUUAUGGGUUGUAUCAGGUUAAAAACCAUUACAGAACCCAUAUUGGAGAGAGACUUUACACAUGUAAUGAUUGUGGCAAAUGCUUUAGCCAGCUGAAACAUCUAAGAAUCCAUCAGAAAGUUCAUACAGGGGAGAAACCUUACAAAUGUAGUGAGUAUGACAAAUCCUUUGUCAAGAAAUGCAACCUUAUAGGCAAACGAAUGGAAACACAUGAACUAUGAACCAAUGGCUGAGGGGUCACCAACUGGAUCAGGCCCUCAGAAUGGGUGAGACAGUUGAUUGGCUUGAUCUGUUUGGGAGGCAUCCAGGCAGUGGGACCGGGUCCUGUACUCAUUGUAUGAGUCGGCUGUUUGAAACCUGGGGCCUAUUCAGGAUCGCUUGGCUCUGCCUGGGAGGAGGGGACUGGACCUGCCUGGACUGAGUCUACCAGGUUGAUCUCAGUCUGCUUUGCCCUGGAGGAGAUGGGAAUG